AUGCUUUUCAUAUCCACCUUGGUUUCAGCAUUCCUCGUCUCAGCCAUGGCUGUCCAUGGUCGUAGCCAAUGCGCCGCCUGGAUUCAACAGCGCGGCCACGGAGAUUUCAUCUCACCACAAAGACCUGCUCAAAACCUCGCGAGCUCUAAAGGUCAUCCGGGAGCCUGCGGUGCCCCCUACAAAGAAGGUGAAAAGUUUGUGAUGCUUUGGAACGGUAUACAUAGCAAUGUUCAAAUACCACCUUCUUUGACUGGUGGUUGGGUGACUGGGGGUGCCAACAAUAAUUGCAGGAAGAAAGUUCGGGUUUACGCUAAUGGGAGAAGUGUUGACGGAAUUGUGGUCGAGUCCGGCUCGUUUUCCCCGACACAACAACCAAUUGACGAAACUACCGGUUGCUCAAGCAUAGCCAUCAGUAAUCAGAUGAUGGCGGAGCUAGGCGCUAGUGGUAGUACCACACUUGACGUCACGUGGCAAUUUUUGGACCCAGCCGUUUAA